CAGGAGGAGCGAGAGGCAGGAGCCAAACAAACAGACAACACAGCUGGUGUCUGCAGAGGGGUAAAGAGGUGAAGUGGCUUGCAACAAUAACAGCAGCAUCCAAGUGUGGAUUACCUCUGGACAUACAUCAUUUUCUUUGUGCAUUCUUCCUCAUUACCCGUGCAAAAAGUAAGUGAUCUGCAAUCUUUUGGCUCCGAGGGGUGCAAAUGUUUUGAGGCAUUAAAGGGAUUAGGACACAUUAGAGUGACAUUGGACAGUAUGGCAGGAGUAGCUAACCUGUGCCUCCCGGGCUGGGAUGAGUGGAAGACACAGAUGCUGGAGAAGAGGAGGAGGAGAUGGAGGGAGAGGGUGAGGGCGAGGGUGAGGGUGAGUCUUUGGGCUAAAGUGCAUGUGUGCAUUGAGGAGGAAGAUGAGGAGGAUGAUAUGGAGGAAGAGGAAGCAGAGGGCACAAGCAGUGAGGAAGAAAAAGUGAGCCAAGGUGAGGAAAAGGAAGAAGAAGGGAUAGUGAUGAGGGGAGCAGAGGAGAUGGAGGAUGGGGGAGAAAAUGACGUAGGUGGGGGGGUUAGGGAAGAUGGGGUGGGCAACAUGGAGGUGACAGAAGCAGGUGGAAGGGUAGAUGUGGAGGAAGAAGAAAAAGAGGAAGAAAAUGAGAUAGAGAAGGGGGUUAAAGAAGAUGAUGAGGAUGACAGGGAGGUGAUUGAAGCAGAUGAAAGGGUAGACGUGGAGGAAGAAGAGAAAGAAGAAGAAAAUGGUGUGGUGAGGGAGGAAUCAGAGGAUCUGGGGGAAGAGGAGAGUGUGGUGGAAAGGGAGGUCAUAGAGAAUGGGGAGGUGGAGAAAGUGGAGGAACAGGAUGUGACAGGAGCAGAAGAAAUCGAGGAAGAGGAGGAGGAUAAAGAAAAGGAGUUUCAUAGGGAGAGGGAGGAAGCUGAGGAACUUGAAGGAGGAGAGGAAGAAGGAGAAGAUGAGGUAGAGGAUGAAGUGGUUUCGGAAAGGCAGGUGAGGGGAGGAGAGCAGGUCGAGGAGGAAGAUGACGGGGAAGAGGAGCAUCAGGAACAGGAGCAAACUGGACAAUAUCACCUUGCAGAACCAUUCAGAGCACAUAUGAGAAGAACUGAGGAUGAAAACAUUUGGCAAAACCAAGAAGGUGCAAGCCGAGAACCAAAUACAGUCAAUGAAACCGGAAACGUGUCUGAUUCAGUGGAAUCCGAUUAUGAAGACUCUGACUUGACGGGAUCGGAGGAUGAAUUCUACAUCUUUGACAGAAUGAAUAAUGAAGAGAGAGCUGCUGAAAAACAAUAUCUUGAGGAACUGGAAGAUACUGAUGAUAAGUCAUGCAGAAAUGAAAACAGCAUCCUGGAAGCAUUGACUUCUGAGGAAAAAAAAGUUGAAGAUGAAAGCCAGAAGUUGACAGAUGAGAAAGAAACUAAAUCUCUGGCAACUCAAGAAGAAGAGCUUCAUGUUGAUCACGAAAAGCUUCAACAGGAAGAGGAAGAGUCUACAGAUGAGGAGGAUGCAGAACAUUCAACAGACGAAGAAGCAGGUGAGAACAAUUUGGUUAAGAUCUACUGCAAGGAAGAUUAUUGCAGGGAUGUAUUCCGCACCUUGACAGAGUUCAGGGACUCCUCCCUUCUCACUGACCUUACUUUGACAACGGAGGAUGGGAGGAGUUUCCAUGUACACUCCCCUGUCCUGGCUGCUGUCAGCUCCCACAUCCGAGAAAGCAUUAUUCCAAGCAAUAAACACAGAUGCAAGGAUAGAGUUGAUGAAAGGAAAGAUACAAGUUCUGGAGUCCACUGGUGGUCAGUGUCUCUCGGUCCAGAGGUGGAUCAUGUUGGAUUAAAGGCAGUUGUGGAUUUUGCCUACACUGGACACAUACCAUGUUUGAACAUGAACACUUUGCACCAGAUAAAGGCAGCGGCUCAAAUGUUGGGCGCCCCCAGGGUGCUGGAUCUCUGCGAGGAGGAAGAGGAGGUGCCCGAAAAAACUGGAGGGCAGAAGAAAGAGGAAAGGAUCUCGGCUGCAGAUCAAAUGACGAUAAGUCUUCAGUCAAUCAAACAGCUGUGGGCGGACAGAGUGGGCUGUGAUGUCAUUCUGGAAGCUCUCGGAGGAUCGCUUCAUGUCCACAGAGUCAUUCUGGCAGUGUGCAGUGACUACUUCCGUGGCAUGUUCACCUUGGGGAUGAAAGAGUCCAAUCAGUCCUGCGUGACCCUUCCCUUCCUUUUGGCUUCAGAGCUGGAGGUUCUGAUUGAGUGCUCCUACAGCGGGGCUCUCCCCCUCAGCUGGAAGUAUGUCUUCGAGCUCACCAGCACCACUCUUCAGCUCCAGUACCAACCUGCCCUCUCCUUGUGCCUUGACUUCCUGCAUCAAGAAAUAAAUCCUCACUCCUGCCUGGAUGUUGCAUCUUUUGCUGAGGCCUACGAGAUGGAGCAGCUUCUUGAAAUUGCAGAUGAUUUUGUCCUGAGGCAAUUCCAAAAGGUUGCAUGCAUCCCAAAGUUCAAAGACCUGCCAGCCAAACAGCUCCUAAAGUACCUGAACAGUCACUCACUCUGUGUUCCAUCUGAGCUUGUUGUGUUCAAAGCAGUGGUGACAUGGAUCCAAGCAAGGCCCCAAGUAAGGAUGAAUCUUGCUAAAGACCUAAUGAAAACCAUCCACUUUCCGAUUAUGACGUUCAAGGAAUUCAAAGAGGUUCAAUCUUUACCCAUGUGGUCUGAUCAUAGUCUGGCAGAGCUCUAUCAAGCAGUUUUUAAGGAUUUCUGUUCCAGUAAGACUCAGUGCCGGAUUUAUCUGCCAAAAGAGAGUCUGGUCUUGAUUGGAGGUGAACAGAUCUCUGAAGACCUGUGUAAGCGCAGCAUCAGCAGAGAACUCUGGUUUGGGAAUUCCCUAAGGAACCAUGGAGGGGUGAAAAAGGCCAUGGAGUGGAGGAAGUUGGGAGAUAUGCCAGAGGCAGAGAGGUUCAAUCAUGAGGUGGCUGUCCUCAACGGACAACUAUAUGUGAUUGGAGGCAAGAAGUAUUAUGGCAUCCACGACACCUUGAAUUCUGUUUAUAGGUAUGAUCCCCUUCAAAAUAGCUGGGAGAGUUUGGCUAACAUGCAGGAGAAGAGAGGUUCUUUCUCCGUGGUUGUGCUGGAUGGAAACAUAUAUGCCAUCGGUGGAUAUUGUGACCCCGAGUAUAGAGAGAGUGUGGAACGAUACUGCCCCACUGAAAACUCUUGGAGCUUCAUGUGGCCUUUGGAUCUGCCUCUAGCCGCCCAUGUAGCAAAGGUUUUACAAGGGCAGAUCUUUGUCUCAGGAGGGCUGAGCAACAACAACCAACAUCUUGCAUCCAUGUUUCUGUACCACCCAGAAACAGGAAGCACUUAUCUGGCAAACAUGGCUAAACCUCGAGCUCGACACUGCAUGGAGACCCUGAGUGGAUGUCUUUAUGUAGCAGGGGGAAUCACCACUGGUGUUGACAUAAAUGUUGUUGACCAGCUGGCUUGUGAGGUGUACAAUCCAGUGGCCGACUCCUGGACGGCCUUCACAUCUCUGCCAGUGCCACAUGUAGGAGCAGGAAGUGUGGUUUUGGAAGGAAAGUUUUAUGUGCUGGGUGGAUACAGCCAGGAGGACUACAGUGACACUAAGCUGGUCCAUCGUUAUGAUCCCACCACACAGAAAUGGGAGAACAUGGGCAAGAUGCCGGGGCCGAACAAUGACAUACGAGCAUCUCUGCUGCAUUUGCCAUCACAUUUCAGAUUAUAAGACACGUGAGCAUCUCUGGUGUGUUUGCCAUCACAAUUCCAAUUAUAAGACAUGCGAGCAUCUCUGCUGUGUUGGUCAUCACAUUUCCGAUGACAAGACAUGCGAGCAACUCUGCUGUGUUUGCCAUCACAAUUUGGAUUAAAAGACAUGCGAGCAUCUCUGUUGUGUUUGCCAUCACAUUACCAAUCAUAAGACGCUGAGCAUCUCUGCUGUGUUUGCCAUCACAUUACUGAUUAUAAGACACGCAAGCAUCUCUGCCGUGUUUGCCAUCACAUUUCCGAUUGUAAGACAUGCGAGCAUCUCUGCUGUGUUUACCAUAACAAUUUCAAUUAUAAGACACGCAAGCAUCUCUGCUGUCUUGGCCAUCACAAUUCCAAUUAUAAGACACGCGAGAAUCUCUGCUGUGUUUGCCAUCACAAUUCGGAUUAUAAGACGUGAGCAUCUCCGCUGUGUUUGCCAUCACAUUUCUGAUUAUAAGACACGCGAGCAUCUCUGCCGUGUUCGCCAUCACAUUUCUGAUUGUAAGACAUUGGAAGUGUUGUGCAUGAAUGUGCUAAAAUAAUUUACGUAAACAGCAAUGGUGUAGUGGAGGGUAUAUGCAGGCACAUGGGGUUUACAGUAUACCCACCUCCCAGCCAAAAAGCCACUGGAUUAUAUAGGAGAGUUCAUUCAUUUCAUCCUUGAUAGUCUACCCAUCUAGACGUAGACUCACCUCAUUAACUGCCACUACACCACUGGUAAACAGUAAACUGAAUUUAACAGUUUGCAACUUAUGAACUUGAACGUGAGCGUUGUUCACUCUUGCAACGGUUAACAAUGCUUUGUUUACAGAACUCGAGUACUAACAGCAACCAGCAUUGUGACAGAACAUUGGCAUUCCUAGUGCUAAUGGCACUUCAGACAAAGCAGCUACCAACAGAAAAAAAUCUCUAAUUUAUUUGCAAAUCAUGCCCACUGCGUCUAAAAAAACAAGUCUGAACAUUAGCCACAGUGGCAACGAAUUUGAAACACAUUAAGUUGAAGCAUCCGACCAGUCUUGGGAAAUGUCUGAGUAAAUGAUGAUAAUCACAAGAUUUUAAUUUAAUUAAAACACACACAUCUUCCCUCCAGGAGCAGGAGUCCAGGAGUAACUUGCCGCUUUACCUUGAAUUAGUUGAGAAAACAUUGUUUUUCUCAUAUGCCUCUAAUGAAUGAAGAAUUUAAAAAAGGUGAACAUUCUUCAUGAACUGGAGUCAUUUGGGACCAUGUUUAACAACAGAAAAACUACAAACCUUCUUCUGAGACCAUUUGUACAAUUGUGUUUAAAUUGUAAUGUUUUAUGCAAAUGCAUGUGUUUGAGAAGUCCAGAGCUUUCGACUGCAUAAAUGAGACUUGGAUUAUACUGCACAAGUUGUGUGAAAGUUUGUUAAAUCAUUUUUUUAAAAAGGUUCUUCUGUUGUUAAGCGUGACCCUCGCUUACUUCGUGAAGAAUGUUCACCUUUUCUCCGUUCACAGUGGAGGAAUGCAAGAAGAAGAAAGUUGAAUUCAAGGUAACACAGAUUUAGUAACUGAUAUACAAAUGGUCAGUUUGUGGGUGAAGUAUUUUUUUAAGGCAUGCAAAAGGUAGGCUAUCUAUUUUUGGUGUCCAAAAGGUGCUGUAAUGAAAUUGUUCAUGUUUUAGUUAGUCUUGGGAU